AUGAAAUAUCCAGGAGUGAAUAACUCUGACCUUGUGAGUGAAUUCAUUCUUCUUGGAUUCCCCUGUACCUCAGAGAUGCAGAUCUUCCUCUUCUCACUCUUCUCUGUGACCUAUGCCCUAACAUUGAUUGGAAAUCUGUGCAUUAUAUGUGCUGUGAGGUGGGACCACCAACUCUACACCCCCAUGUACAUCCUACUGGCAAAUUUCUCCUUCCUAGAGAUCUGGUAUGUUACUUCCACGGUUCCCAAUAUGCUAGCAAACUUUCUGUCUGAUACCAAAACCAUCUCUUUCUCUGGCUGCUUCCUCCAAUUCUACUUCUUCUUCUCCAUGGGCACCACUGAGACCUUCUUCUUGUCCAUCAUGUCCUAUGAUAGGUACCUUGCCAUCUGUCAGCCCCUGCACUACCCCUCCAUCAUGACAACCAGACACUGCAUCAGACUGGGAGCCUGCUGCUGGGCAUGUGGCUUCUCCUGUUUCCUCCUCCCAGUUUAUCUCAUCUCCAAGCUUCCUUUUUGUGGCCCCAAUACUAUUGAUCACUUUCUAUGUGACCCAGGGCCCCUGAUGAAGUUAUCCUGUAUGCCAGCUCCUGCCACUGAGGUCAUCUGUGCUGUCUUUAACUCUGUCCUCAUUUUCUCCACUUUCCUCUUCAUUACCAGCUCUUACACUCUGGUGAUUAGAGCUGUGCUGAGGGUCCCAUCAGCAGAAGGCCGGCGUAAGGCCUUCUCCACAUGUGGUUCCCACCUGGCUGUGGUGUCCCUAUUUUAUGGCUCCAUCAUGGUCAUGUAUGUGAGCCCAACAGCAGGCAAUCCAGCUGGGAUCCAGAAAAUUGUGACUUUGUUUUAUUCUGUAUUGACUCCGCUUUUCAACCCAUUGAUCUACAGUCUCCGGAAUAAGGAGAUGAAGGAGGCACUGAGGAAACUAUUUAGGACAUUGAGGUUUGCUCAAAGACAAACUCUCAGGAACUAG